UAUAUUUUCAGCCACACCAAAACCCUGCAUAAGAAUAAUCAAGGGAUAUAAAUUAAACAAACACAAAAAACACUGGGUCAAUGACCCAGUACCAUGACAGUUGAAUGUACAAUAAUAAAGACUUUAAAUCAGAUGACAAUGUAGCUGACACUGUGUUUAUUCGUGUGUGAUCAACCAAAACUCUUCAUACUGUCAUCCAUACAUGAGGUCUUUAUACAAAUGAUGAAAAGACAAUGAAAGAAACUGUUUAAUUGAUAUGAAAUGAUUGAAUUAUAUGAAAUAUUAUGGCUUUGUCUGCCAGAUUGUUUUUCUGUAAACUACUUUGAACUACUGGCAGUCAGUGAUGUCACCUAAAGGCAAGAUUCUAUGUUGUGUUGCCGUAGUUUCCAGAGUUUACUUAUAAAGCUCACUUACAGAACUCAGUUAGAAACCUCAAGCAUUUGAAGGACGCACAUUUGAAGGAAUAUCAACUCAUUACGGUGACAUUUUCGAUUUUAAAAGCUCUCCGAAAUGACCAAGAAAAUGGAAACAAGAAAAAGCACGACUCCAGCAGAUAAGAAAGAUUCAGAUCAAGAUUGUAAGACCAGGACUGCUAAAAGAAAGGCCAGUCCUGAAAAGAAGACCCCAAUAAAAAGGAGGAGGGUCGCUGAGCAGGCUGGUCCUUCCACCAGCUCAGAUGUGGUCAAAGGAGUGAAGCGCAAGGUUGUGCAAGAUGGAGAGGGCACAACGAACCAAGCAAAGAAGGCUAAACUUCUCGACCAUAUGAGCGGUGACAAGGAACAAGCGUCUUCCUCGUUGGACACUGGUAAAGACUGUAGUUUGAACAACAAACAGGUGUGUCCGAGAAACGACAAAAGAAAGGCCGCGGGAGACGACAGAGAGUCACCCAAGAAAAAGAAAAGGAAUGUGGACCAGGACAAAAAAUCAGUGGCUGACCAAAAACGUGAAUUCGAAGCCAGAUAUGUGGAGGAGCACCAGCUCGGAGAAGGAGGCUGCGGAGCAGUUUUUGCUGGCUACCGGAUAGAAGAUCGUUUUCCAGUAGCCAUCAAACACAUUCCCAGAAAUAAAGUCUACUGCAAAGUGGCGGAUGAAAAUGGGAAGAAGCUCUCUGUGGAAGUGGCCAUUAUGCUGAAACUUGCAGGUGAAGCAGAAGGGUCAGUGGGAACAUCAGCACCUGUGUCCUUGCUGGAGUGGUUCGACCUUGGCAAAGAACUGAUCCUGGUGCUGGAGAGACCUGUCCCCGCUGUGGACCUGCAAAAAUACAAAGCAGAAAAUGGAAGAACUUUACCAGAGGACAAGGCCAAGGUCAUUCUGAAGCAACUAGUUGAUGCUGCAAAGGAGCUUGAGGAUAAAAACAUCUUUCAUCGGGACAUCAAGGGAGAAAACAUUCUGAUUGAGACCGGCUCAGAUGUGCCUCGUGUUCGCAUCAUUGACUUUGGACUGAGCUGCUUUGUUAAGCAGCGAUCUCUGUAUCGCGUCUUCUAUGGUACUCCUCUUCACACCCCUCCCGAGUGGUACAGGAGGAGCUGCUACAGGUGUGGACCCACCACGGUGUGGCAAAUGGGAGUGGUGCUGUAUGAAGCGGUUCAUGCACGGGACUUUGAUACCGAGAGGUUCCUCAGCAAGAAACUGACCAUCAAAAAGCGUCUGUCCACAAAAUGCCGGAAUUUCUUGGAAGCAUGCUUAACUAAAGUCCCGGAGAAGCGCCCAACACUGGAGGAGCUCCAGCAUCACCCCUGGCUAAGAUAACACACACAAACACACAAAUCACACAAUUCACAUCUUAUCAUGCAAGUGUGAUACAUUGGAGUAACUUGCUUUCUUUUUUCUGUUGGACAGGAAUAGAUAGAAUGGGACAAUUGAAAAUAAAAUCAAAAUUUUGCUUUCUUGGAGUUCCUGUAACCCCCCCAGCCAUUCCAGGAAAGGGGAUCUCUCUUUGAAUGGGCUUUCCCGAGGUUUCUUCCCAUCAAUCUGGCCCCCUGGGGAGUUUUUCCUCGUCUUCAUAGAGAGCUUGGGCUGGGUCAGGUGCUCCCUCAAAACUGUCUUUAUUUGAUGACAUCAAAUAAAGAUGUUUUACUUAAAGUAAAAUUUGAUAACAAUAAAACUUGUUUAAUU